CUCACGCAUCUCUCUCACUCGGCCCACUCACGCCCCUCUCGCACUCGGCCCACUCACGCAUCUCUCUCACUCGGCCCACUCACGCCUCUCUCGCACUCGGCCUACUUGCACCUCUCUCUCACUCGGCCCACUCGCGCCUCUCUCUCACUCGGCCCACUCACACCCCUCUUGCACUCGGCCCACUCACGCAUCUCUCUCACUCGGCCCACUCACGCCCCUCUCGCACUCGGCCCACUCACGCCUCUCUCGCACUCGGCCCUCUCGCCCUUGCAGCCCUCUUGCCCCUGAACAAGACCUGAGGCCAGGCCUCUGGGCCUGCUGCUCCACCUGCACCCUUCCUGGAUUCCUCCCGCAACGCCCGGCAGCCCUCCGAGGCUGGAAGGAGCUCUGGCAGGUCGAGCAGGCCUGUGCCCCUGCCAUGCACCUCCUUGGGGACCCUCUCAGCCAUGAAGACGGGGCAGGGCGCUGUAUGACAAGAAAGGAAGACGUGGCUAUCAGAAAGCAGAAUUCUGUGCAAAAUAUGGUUCGGCUAACCUUGGAGUUAAUUGUCAAAAGCCUCAAUCAAAAGAACCGCAGAGACGAGUCCUUGGCCCAGCACCUGAGGAAAAUAACUCAUCUCAAGUUAGCGAACAAAAAUAUAGAUAUAAUUGAUGACCUCUCUUUAUGUAAAAACAUUAAUGUUCUUUACUUAUAUGACAACCAAAUCAAAGAAAUACAUAAUCUGGACUUUGCCUCAAACCUAAGACAUUUAUAUCUGCAGAACAAUUGUAUUACACGAAUUGAAAAUAUAGCAUCAUUAAGCAAACUGGAAAAAUUGUAUUUGGGUGGCAAUUACAUCACUGUAGUGGAAGGCUUAGAGAAUUUAGAAGAGUUGAGGGAACUGCAUGUUGAAAGCCAGCAACUUCCCUUAGGAGAAAAGCUCCUAUUUGACCCAAGAAGCCUUCAUUCAUUGGCAAAGUCUUUAUCAGUUUUAAAUAUCAGCAAUAAUAAUAUAGACGAAAUGAGUGAUCUAGCAAUUCUGGAGAAUAUUUUCCACCUCAUAGCUGUUGACAACCAGAUUCAACAUAUAAAGGACCUGGAGCUUGUUCUGGGUGUAUGGACCAAGCUAUCCAAACUAGAGCUGAGUGGGAAUCCUGUUUGCCAUAAACCUAAGUACCGGGACAGGGUUAUAUUGCAGUCAAAAUCACUUGAAUCUCUUGAUGGAAAGGAAAUAAAAGAAUUAGAAAGACAAUUCUUAAUGAAUUGGAAAGCAUCCAGAGAUGCCAGGAAGAAAAUCAGGACAGAAAGCACAGCGAAUGAUCCCUCAUCAUUCUCACAUUUUGAUGAUAAUGACUCAGAACAUACCCAUUUUCCUGUGUACUACUUCCCAAUUCCUAAAGAAAAACCCAAUUUUCCUGUUUUCACUGGAUCUCACAAUAAAGAAUUCCAUCCACCAACCUAUGAAGAAAACAGAGUUAUAGAAAAAAUCAGCCAUUCAACCUUGAAAAAUUCUCAAAGUGUACAGAAAGAUCUGAUUGAACCUCAUUUCCUCAGACAAAUGCCUCUGUAAGCAGGCAUUGUUGAAGAACAAAUGAGUACAUCAGAAUCUACUAGAAAGAAACAUCUAAUCCAGUUGGAAGAGCUUUAUAUUUGCAUGCAGAACACAAAAUAUCAUUAAUAGUAUUUUACUGCAAGCAUAACAUAUUUUCAUAAUACAAAAUAAUUAUUUUGUGUAAUAGUUCCAAUGUACUUGUAUAACUUUGUGGAUUUUUUUAAAGCUUCAGAUAAGAUGUGCAGACUUGUUUAUGAAUAAAGGUUCUGAUACUCACAUUUUUAUAUAAAUUACUGGUGAACUCUGAAUUUUAUCCACAGACAAAAUAUGACACUGACUGCUGUGGGGUAGUUUGAUAAAUCAGGGCAGCAUCCUGGAAUAAUGCACAUGACAUGGAUGGCUCCCUGGGCAGAAAAAACAAAACAAAAACAUACACUGUUACACUUUCAUGCAGGGUCCAUUUAUAUGGAUUAGCGUCAGAUGUUUUUAUCUGUUGACUCAGCAAAGCCAAUGAGGUUGUAACAUUGGUUAGACACAGUGUUCUUACAAAAGCUCUUCAUGACAAUCCUAAAGAUCAAAGCUAGAUGUGAACCCAAGGAUCAGACCUGUACUAUCAGGCAUGCAAACCUGCUUCUCUACUAUAAUCCUGUUUUGUCAGUAUUCUUUAUCCAUCCUUUUGAACUUCGUUUCACAUGUUCUUUAUCCUCACGGGGAAAGUCCUUUAAAACUGUCAAAGCCACAAGUUGUAUUGGAUUGCUAUUCUCAUUAUCCUUAGUCUGCACGGCAGAUAAUCAAAUGUGAUGGGAGCUGUCAUCGAAUAACAUCUAGGCCCCCAAAUUGGGCAAAAACUAAACAGCACUGACCACUAUGUACAAAAAGUAUAGUUGGCCCUCUGUAUCUACAAAUUUAAUAGUCCUUUGAAGGCAACCAUAAGACUGAUGUGGCCCUCGGUGAAUGAGUUUGAUACCCCUGGUCUAGGAUAAUCCACAAUUUAGAUGAAAUACAGAACUUCUGGUGAUAACUAAACACUUAACACCUUACCCUGCAGUUGUUUGGGGCAGGAGGGGAAUCCUCCAGUGACAUUUUCAUCUAAAGAAGAAAAAGACUUUCCCCCAAGAGAGAGUUGUCAAAUAAUUUUCAAAUUAUGGGGACCUUAAGAUGAAUCUAUCAUUGGGUUUUUCUUGGCAAGAUUUGUUUAAAAGUUGUUUGCCUUUGGCUUCCUCUGAGACCGAGAGUGUGGCUUGCUCAGAGUCACCCAGUGGGAUCCCACAGCCAAGUGAGGAUUCAAACCCUGUUAGUGUUUAAACCACUAAACUACACUGGUUCUCAUGCUGUCUGUGCUAGCCAUCAAUUUAAACUAGUUGAAAUGUAAACUGACUGACAUCACACCUUUUAGAAACAUGCUCUAAUAAUUUCAAAAGAACAAUGCCAAGGAAAUAUGUUUAGAAGAGGGUGCCAAAUGGCUUAUAUUUAUAUACUUCAACUUUAUGGGAUUAUACACAUAAAAUCAUAAUCCCAGGGGAACCAUUUGUAUUGGAGGGAUUAUUUCCAUAGUUCUCAAAUAUUUUGUUAAGUAAUCACAGAAAAAUCCACAGGGCUACUUAAAGGAAGUAACAUGAGACAUGCAUUUAAAAGUGCAUUUAAAAACUGCGGCUCUUAAAAAAUAGUAUUGUGCACCUUGCUGUCCUUUAAAUCAACCUCUUCCCCAGACUCCACUUCCUAAUUACAAAAAAUGCUGAAGUUUAAACUUUUAAUUUUCUUGGCUACAUAAAGGGCAACAAAUAAUUCAGACUUUAUUUUUCUGUCUUGCUGGGUCAAAGAUUUGAUUUAUUGUGUCUAUGUUAUCACAUAAUCAAAAUUUCAUUCCCAGUGUUUGGUUGGGAUAAUUCUACACCCUGCCUAUUUAUUUUGAAUGUCUCUUCUCAUUAAUAUAACUGAACUGUAGUUAAUGCCAUCUAAAAUAGUUUUGUAUGUGUCUUUUACAUAUACACACAUUUUCCUAUAUGUCUCUAUUCAGAAGUAAAUGUUGAGUAUUCAAUUGUACAUUGUAUGUUAAAUAAAAUCGCACUUAAAGGUAAAUUUCCAGUUGCCUUUAAGGAUAGCUACAAAGUUGCCUUAAUUUAUUUCUUCUCAAAUUUUUGGCUCUUGACUAUUUAUAGCACGCUUUCCCAGUAAGCCCUGAGGAAAAUACUGUCGAGAUUAGCUUCCAAAGGAGGAAUUAUUUAUACAUUAUUUUCCAGAAGAAAACUAAAAUAACAUGAGGGAAAAAAAUUUAUUAUUAUUAUUGCUCCCUUUAAAUCUGUAAUGAUAAAAUGAUGCAACGGCACAACUGAAAAUAAUAUGGAGCCAAAAUGUUGUGCCUGUGUAUUUUUAAAUAUACUUGCAUUACAGCCGUCCCUCCAGAUUUGUGGAUUUAACCUUUGAAGAAUUGAUUAUUCACUACCCUGUGCCAUUUUUAAUACUUUUAUAGUGUUAAUGUCCAUUUUGUACUGUGUUGACAGUCAAACUAUGGUUGCUGGGAGGAAAUCAAACCAGUGGACUGGAUGGGUCUGGCUAAACAUGUUGCCUCACUUGCUCAUCUACUCAGGUGGGAUGGGAUGGGGGAGCCAGAGCAGGGAGAAUGUACAUUUGCAUUCCUUUAUUUACUCAGUCACUCACUAAGAUGGGUUGGGGAGAAGGAAAUGGGAAGGGACACAUUUAUUUAUUUAUCGUGUCAGAAACAAAUUGAGAAUACAGUUAUAAUGUAUUUUUUAAAAAGACAAAGUUAAAACUUGGCAUUAUAGUAAAUGUCCUUUGACCAGAAGCUGGCCACUUGGAUUGCCUCUGGUGUCACUGUAAGGUCCUCCAUUGUGCAUGUGGCAGGGCUCAGACUGCAUUGUAAUAAGUAUUCUGUGGUUUGCUCUUCUCCAUACUCGCAUGUCGUGGACUCCACUUUGUAGCCCCAUUUCUUAAGGUUGGCUCUGCAUCUCAUGGUACCAGAGCACAGUCUGUGCAGCACCUUCCAAGUCACCCAGUCUUCUGUGUGCCUGAAGGGGGGAGGAGUUUCUCAUCUGGUAUCAGCCACUGAUUGAGGUUCUGGCUUUUAGCCUGCUACUUUUGGACUCUUGCUUGCUGAGGCGUUCCUGCGGGUAUCUCUGUAGAUAUCCGAACAGAGGAUGGGCUGAAGAUGUCCAUGCUAUUACCUACCAUAUUACAAAUUUCUCACACUUUUAUCAGUGAUUUGCCAGUGGGAAAAGCUGAUAUUCUGUAUCUUGAAUUAAUUCUAUAGUUGCUUGAUUCCUGACCUAACAAUUUAGUGACACUUACCGUCAGCAUUGUUAAUGUGGGAUUUGUGUAUUGGUAGUGUUUAAAUGCAAUUUGUGUCUUGCCUGUAUUGCAUACUGAUUGCAUCUUCCAGAGUGUGCUAUAGUCUGGAAAGAGUUAAUUGCUGAGAAGUUGUGUUGACCUUGGUGUGUGGCUGGAGUCAGGGAGUGUCCAGACACAAGUGUGUAUGCAUUACUGAUUGCAUCAGUUCUGUUCUGUUCUGAGUUGAGUCGAGUGCUGUCUGCUGAGAAGUCAAGUCCUGUGUCAAUUGUCUUCAAGUCUGUUUGUCUUUAUUACUGCUUUCAGUAAAACUUGUAUAUAGUUUUA